UACUACAUAGUUGGUACUCCUUCCCCUGCCGCCUCAGUCAGCAGCAACUCAGGAGACUAACUAACUCCUUCUAAUCCCUAAUCCCAGACCCAAAACAAAGACCGUCGCUGCUCUCAAAGGAAGCGAUGCGUAAUCUCCAUUUUCGAGGAAAACUGACAUAGUAUUUCCUUGGUUUCUGCCACCACCACUAGGUUCCUAGUCCUUAACAUGCCCCCAACCCAUGCACAGACACCGGCCGAGCGCCCAUUCGGGCACCAAUAGUGGCAAUCAUGGUCUGUGUGUCCAAUGUGUCAACGGUAAGACAGUUUCGUCCAGCCUUUCCUGGUGACUAUUCUCCAGUCAGCCUCACGAAUAAUACGAACCGCCAUCUUGCUGCUGGCCGGGCCGCCUGGACGGGUUCGGGAAGCGGUUUGACAUGUUUCUAUGCCCCGGUGGAAGAAGGUAUGACAGCAGCAGCGCGUUGCGGGGGGUGCCCGGUCUCAUCCCUUUGGAUUGCAUGGCCAGCCGAGUCGAUCGCGACAGGUGUCAAGUCGUCGCACGCGACGACAGCCUACCAAUGCGAGCCAGCCGAAGCGCGCGCGCGGUUUUUCCUCGACGCCACUGGACUCAUCACAUUUCCACCGGUCUGGAACCCUCCGCAACCUCCUUUUUGUGAUCAGAGCCCUCGCGCCGUGCCGGAGAUGCUCGGCGCAAAGACAACUAACAGGGAUCCAAGUGGAGAUGAUCGUACCUACAGCUUAUGUAGGUGGACGGAGGAGUCCGUUCUGACGUACAUGCGCAUAUACAUGCAAUUGUUGGAGACAAUGAUGAAGAUUUCUGUCAUAUGCAAUUCAUCUUUGCAGACAUCCCCAUGCUGCUGCUAUCUACGGAGUAUGUUUCGGUGCGAUCGCUUUGAGGUAUGUGACCUUGGGGUGGAAGUUGGAGACGGACUUACUUUUCGCUUUUCUUUUUCCUGAUUAUUCUUUCAAACGGGAUAUCCGGAAUCCACUGCCACGGCAGUCAACCACCGUGCCCACUGCCCAUGGCGGAGCUGUCAAUUGCAGAUCAGCAUCUAAACAAAGCGCCCCGUUUCUAGAUCCUUUUUAUUCUU